AUGGCUGACGGGAGUGUGCCCAUCAGCACCCUGGGAGACGCUGCCUUGGCCAGGCUCUGCGAGCUCCUGGACAACUGCAGCCGGGGCUGGAGGAAACUGGCUGAAAUCGCCGGCGCCGAGAAACGCUUCAAAUGCAGCGAGGAGGAGCUGGAGAUGUGUUCCCUGAAGGUCCUGGAGCCCCGCGGGAGCCCCAGCCAGUGCCUCCUGCAGCUGCUGUCAGAGCGGGACUGCACCCUCAAGUACCUGCUCUGCUGCUUGGAUAAGAUGGGACACACCGAGGCCUUCCAGUUUCUCUCCAGUGUCGUCCAAGAGUCCAUCAGGAUCGUGGUGCAGCCCGAAUCUCAGGUGGUUACAGAAGGGACCCGAGCGUCUUUCACCUGCUGGGCGACGGGGCCCCCGGGACUCAGCUACCAGUGGUUCUGUGGGAAGCAGGAGGUGCCUGGUGCCACCUCCCCUGAGCUGGUGAUUGACCCAGCUACUCUGCAGACCCCGGAUUGGUACAUCUGCCGCGUUAACCACAGGGCCAGCUUCGCGUUCUCCAGGUGGGCCCGGCUCCAGGUCAAGCGGAGCAGCAGCCCUGCCUCAGUGAGCGGCUAUUGCCCAACAAUGGUGGGACUGCAGAUCCUCUGUCAGCCCCAGCCCUGCACCUUGGACGAAGGGGACUCCCUCCAGCUGCGGUGCGUGGCCAUCGGGAACCCACCGCCCCAGUACCAGUGGUUCCGAAACGGGAGUCCGAUUGAGGGGGCGCGGAACUCCCACCUCCAGGUGAAGCUGGUGACGACCGCGGAGAGAGGCCGCUAUGCCUGCAAGGUGUUUAACCUCUUCCAGGAGCUGUGGAGCCAGGACACGGUGGUGGAGAUUGGCCCACAGCUGUUUGCCUCCGGAGGCUCCUGGCGGGAGGAGGACGCAGGGAGUGCCCCAGAGCACAACGGCCCCAGCCAGCUGUACGCCACAGACAAAGUGGCCCUGCUGAUGGGCAACAUGAACUACCUGCACCACAAGCACCUGAAAGCACCCAUGGUGGACGUACACGAACUGACCAACCUGCUGCGCCAGCUGGAUUUCAAGGUGGUCUCCCUGCUGGACCUGAGCAAGGACGAGAUGCAGAUGGCCGUCAACGAGUUCCUUCUCCUCUUGGACAAAGGAGUGUACGGUUUGCUCUACUACGCUGGGCACGGCUACGAGAACUUUGGAAACAGCUUUAUGGUUCCUAUUGACGCGCCGAGAUCCUACACCUCGGAGCACUGCCUGUGCGUGCAGAGUGUGCUGCAGAGCAUGCAGCAGCGGCAAACCGGCCUCAACAUCUUCCUGCUGGACAUGUGCCGCAAGAGGAAUCUGAACGACGACAUCAUCCCGCAGGUGGGGGCGCUGCAGGUCACAGCCAACAUCGUCUUCGGCUACGCCACAUGUGCGGACGCAGAGGCCUACGAGCUGAGCCAAGGGGAGCUGUUCAACGGCAUCUUCGUCAGCUUCCUGAAGCGAUGGCUGCUGGAGGAGGAGAAGAUCACGGUGCUGCUGGACAAGGUGGCGGAAGACAUGGGAACCCUGGAGAUCACCAAGGGCAGGCAGGCGCUGGAGCUACGGAGUAACCUGUCCGAGCGACGAGCCCUCACUGAUCCAAUUAAACCGUCCGAGGGCCCAGAGGAGUUCUCUGUCAGGAACCUGCAAUGGGCCAAGGCCCAUGUGCUUCCCGAAAGCCGAUACCUCCAGUUCGACUGCGGGGCUCGGGUACAGCUGGGCUUCGCUGCUGAGUUCUCCAACAUCUUGAUCAUUUACACCCGCAUCAUCAAGAUGCCGCAGGAGAUCACACGGUGUGAAGCAAAACUCACAGAUGUCCCGGAGGAGCUGGAUGUGGAUUUGAAAUUUACCAACAAGGAGAGCCCAGAGGAAAUGGGGAGCAGCCUCUCCCUGGCCUGGAGCCUCAGUUUCCCCGACUGUUGCCUCUACAGCCGCCUCUGUGGCCUGCAGAAGCUGAGGAAGGAACUGGCCUUCACCAUCUGCCUUCAGUACCAAUACCAAGGACUCGACGACUUCAUUGAGGAGAGCCAGUCAGUAAAUAUCGGGAAACCACUGAUUGCAAAGCUCAACCUGUGUGUCAGCGACGGGCCAGGGGCAAACACCCCACUGGCCCAUGCAGACUUGUGUGCAGACGCCUUGACCGGCUCAUUCCAAAGCACCGGGAGCAUGGAGACCUCCGAGUCACCAGCUGCCUCAGAGACCUACCGGAGUCUGCCUUGUGACUCGCACCUUGGCAACUGGUGUGCUGACGAUGGCCAGUGGGCAAACACCCCCGAGGAGAACCUGAGCCCUGAGUUCCCAGGCUCUCGCUCCAUGUAGCGCUCGGGGUCCAGCAAAACGUCACCAUCCACUUCUCUUCCCAGCGUGGACCGAAGGAAACCGCUAGGGUCAGAUUCUGCCCUGGCCUCCACCCCACACAGUUAACAGAGACUGGGAACCAGUCUGUAAAUGGAUCACUGAGCAGCAAAUAACACAGAGCUAUUGACAGGAGCGAGAGUCCCAGAUCCCAAGGCAGAAGGGACCACUGGGCUCGCCUAGUCCAGUCUCCUGCAGCGCACACCUCAACCCAGUAGGGGCUGCACCGGCCCAGACGUAGCUGUUUCCCUCUUCCCCGCGCUAGCGAUGGAACGCUGUGUCCAUAGUCCUCCCAGCCAGCCAACGCUGGCCCCUCUGCAUGGGAUCGCAGGGAAACCCGGGCAGCUGCUGGGGAGUUGUACUGAGA